ACUGACAUUUUGUGCGGCAUCAUGGCAUCCAGUGAUUUGACGUUAGAACAAAUUUACAAUUAUUUUAAAGAAAAUGGAAAUGUGGUUAAAAACCGUGAACUCGUUCAUCACUUCAAGCAUUACUUAACCGAUCCUGCAUCAAAAGAAGACGCCCGAAUCAAGUUUAAGAAAUUCGUCAACACCCUCGCUCAGACCAAAACCGAAGGCGACGAAAAGUUCCUCAUUCUCAAAACCCGCUACCAAAACUCUCUCGAUUACCCUCGAUCAUCCCACUCGCCUCAAACUGACCCUCGACUCGCCCUCGGGAUCCCCCUAUCCCCCGAUUGCAGUCCUGCGAAAUCACCAGCUCAUAGACAACCUCCUCCUUACCGACCUCCACCGCCGGUAACUUCCCCAACAAACUCUCUCGACAACAUAUCGUUAAGUUCGAUUAUGUCGCUACAAGAUGUUACACCACAAGCGCCACCAAGACGGAAACAAAAGGCCUUCGAUGAGGAUUCGACACCACGACAAAUUCACACUCAGGAGGAGGAAAAACAAACGCCGGUUAGUGUGAAAGAAAGGAUGGAGAAGUUUAACAGGAUGGCGUCCAUGGAGGACGAGUUGAGUCCCAGACAGGCCAAGUCAGCGGAAAAGAAGCGGGAAAAGGGGUCCGAAGAAGACGACGGCGCCUCGGUCACAUCGUUAGAACCGAAAAAGUGCAUGGAAUGGUACGUAACGGCGUCGAAAGGCGACAUCCAAGAGUUACUCAAGCUGGCUCAGGACGAGCCCCGUUUGGUCAACAGAAAGGAUCCAUUUACGUAUACGGUUCUGCAUUGGGGCGCCAAACAUGGCAAUCCGAAGAUCAUCCAAAUGUUUGCUGGCAAAUACAAGGUUGAUGUCAACGGAAAAACGAACGGGGGAUACACACCAUUACAUCUGGCAGCGCAGUUCGGGCAUAAAGAGAUCUACGAUAUGCUAAUAAAUGAAUACCAUGCUGAUUCAAGAAUCAGGGAUUAUAGCGGCAGGUUGCCGGCCUAUUAUUUGGAAAGUAGAGAUCAAAAAAUCCGAAAAGAUAACAUCCGCAAAAUAAAAGGGCGGAAAAAACCCACAGAUAAAGAUUUGGGGUUUUUAAGGAUAGGCUCGUUAAAUGUUCGAGUUAAAAAGACAACAGAGGCUUUUAGUAAUUUCUUAGGGGUUGGAAGUGGUUCAGUGAAUGCCCUUGAAACCACAAGUGAGAAAGUGCACAAAGGGUGGGGCUCCGCCGAUAAUGUCAAUCAGGAGAAUAUAAAUCCGGGGCCUAAAAUUACCACAGUAAAGAAGAAAUCAAAAAGGCCUUAUUCGUCGGGGAUGAACAGUACUCCAGGGACUCCCCGUCAAAUGUCAAGAAAUUUUUCCAAUUUCUACACAAAUGACUCGGAUUCGGACUCAGCAGCCGGAUUUGACUCACAAUGGAAGCACUAAUUUCCUAUUUAUUAAGCGACACAUCACGGUGAUUGGAUUCGAAUACGCUUGAUUUUUUUAUAACAUAUUGUGAUCAAUAAUAAACAUGUUUUAAUUAAA